AUGCACUCUCAUCUAUCUAUCUAUCUAUCUAUCUAUCUAUCUAUCUAUCUAUCUAUCUAUCUCAGUCUGCUCAUAUAUCUCUAUCAAUCUAUGUCAGUCUGUUCAUAUCUAUCUAUCUAUCUAUCUAUCUAUCUAUCUAUCUAUCUAAAUAUUAAUCUAUCUAUCUAUCUAUCUAUCUAUCUAUCUAUCUAUCUAUCUAUCUAUCUAUAUCAGUCUGCUCAUAUAUCUCUAUCAAUCUAUGUCAGUCUGUUCAUAUCUAUCUAUCUAUCUAUCUAUCUAUCUAUCUAUCUAUCUAUCUAUCUCAGUCUGCUCAUAUAUCUCUAUCAAUCUAUGUCAGUCUGUUCAUAUCUAUCUAUCUAUCUAUCUAUCUAUCUAUCUAUCAGCGUGUGCAACUAUUUUAUCAAAAUAGUUCAUAUUUACUUGGUCCAUAUCUAUCUAUCUAUCUAUCUAUCUAUCUAUCUAUCUAUCUAUCUAUCUAUCUAUCUAUCUAAGGCUAUUCCUAUAUCUCCCAAUCUAUCUAAGUCAGUUCACAGAUAUCUAUCUAUCUAUCUAUCUAUCUAUCUAUCUAUCUAUCUAUCUAUGGUCCACAUUUUCCGAUUAAAUAAACAACCGUUUUCGUCCUUAUUUAGUCACUCUCCUUCUGCCCCCCUCCACCGAUUCAUUGUCUGUCUGUCACAGUCUUGCUCUCUCCUCUUCCCCUUCUCAAUCUUUAUACGCACAAACACACAUGUGGGUGGGUGCCUUCAGGAAACAGUGAGCCUUGGUUUUUGUCCUCCCGGUUCAAGCAAAUCACUCUUCCCACUCCUUUUAUUCGUUCCUUUCUUCCUGCUUGUGUCUCUGAUCGCCACAAGCAGUGUCCCUUCUCUUCUCUUCCUGCUUCUGACCCCUCCACAACCAACUCUCUUUCCCUCUCGUCUUCACGGGACGUAUGUGCCUCCGCAUAGCGCACUCUCAUCUAUCUGUCUAUCUAUCUACCUAUCUUCUUUUCCUCCUUCCACUGAUUCAUUGUCUGUCUGUCACUGUUUUGCUCUCUCCUCUUCCCCUUCUCUAUCUUUAUCUAUACUAUAA